CCAAACACGUACCUACUGUUGAAAAUAUACGAACGCGUGUUCGAUGUAAAAUUAUUUUCCGGUAAUUUUUUGAUUUCGUUUUGUAUUUUAAAAGAUGGAAAGUAAUUAUAAAAUAAUUAAAAUUAACCUCACGCACCAAUAAGAUUUAAUAAUUUGUUUUAACGGUUUUAAAACUUGUGGGUGUAUAUUUGGUGUUGUAUAUUAACCUGAAUAAAAAAUACGAUAAAAUUGACCCAAAUAAACAAAAAUUGUUAUAGUUAUUCAUAUGUGCAGUGCAUUUUUGUUUUAAAUUUUGGGCAACAUUAACCUCUUGAUUAAUGUGAUCGCAAUGCAUGUUUGUUUUAAUUAAUAAUACAUUUUAUAGGUCUAUGACCUUAUAUAUGUAGUUUGAAAACGUUUUAUUUGGUCAGUCACUCUAUUCAAACUUUAAUAUAAUUUGGUGGAUUGGACAAGCGACGCGGCAACGGACAUGCACAUUUUUCGCGCUCCAAAACACAAAACUGCAAACAUUUUGAAAGAAUACAAAAUAAUAAAGAGGACGCAACUUUCGACAUACGAAACAGGAAUAACUUUUGAAGAUUGAAGAGCUCCGCUUCGAACAGCUGAUCCGCAGAUCGUCCCAAGGCAUCAUUCUUUCGAAACCCAAAAUCAACGGUGAUAACGUGCUUUGCAGACUUAACGAAGUAUCUGCAAGAUAAAAAAAAACACAAGAAGAAACAGAAGAAGAAAACAAAAUUCAGCUUUCCACUUCGACCAUUCGAUGAAGUCUCAAGAAAUCGCAGGUAAAUCUUCCACCUUGACCAUGGUCCCACUUAGUUGCUAACAACCAUCACACGAAGACGGUCUGUAGAUAGAUAUACGAGUUUAAACGUUGUGUUGCGGGCGUUCGAUAAAAAUAGAUACGAAUACAAAACCUCAAACGGAAGUACGCUAAAGCUACGCAUAACUACCGAACGUUCGUUCCAAAAAUAAAACGAUGGAAAAUAUUUCUAUGUUAUCGAUACAAAAAAAUAAUUAAGCAUAAUUUUCAAAUUAAAACCCAAGUCAGGAUUUAUUGGAGAGGAGAGAAAAAUAAAGUGUGUCACAGUUACAAUGCAAAUACCGAUGCCUAGGUACGGUAAAAAGUGGAACUACUCAAGUUCAAUGUGUUCGAAUUCCAAGUGCACCAGAUUGUCAGCGAACAGUGCCAGUGGUGUAAGUGACAGUGACAGUAGUGGCAGCGCCACAACGACGACAGUGACGCUAAAAGUGAGUAAUAGUAACAAACUUAGGCUGGUCAGUGAAGCAGUAAUAGGAUCAACAUCCGUGGCGAAGAUGUUCAUUGUGUUCGCUUCGGUUUUACUUUUAAUUACCGUGACAGAUGUGCGUGCGUCAAGUAGUUACGAUGUUCCAACGACGACGCCAAUGACACCCGCUGUCAAUUCACCCACUCCCGCCGUUGUUGUCGCCGCCGAUGCUGUUGAUAGCGAAGAAGUUCGAAAUAGAACCGCGAAUAACGGCAAAUGGUACUCGAAAUUGUCAACGGGUAAUGAGUUAUGGGAUGGCAUCAUCCAGGACUGCUAUCAUCGUCCGAUGAUUUCGUGCUUCCAAAAGAACGUCUACACUUUUUUGGAUGGGGCCCUUGAGUCGAGUGACGUUAAUGUGACAGGUCGCUUGAAAUUGUUCAAGAACAAGGUGGAUCACACCAAAUACUCAGCUGAGCUGAACGAAGGCGAACCAAAUCAGCAUAUCGCUGGCGAUGAUGACGAACAUUUGGAUGCCAAUGAAAUUCCAAACGAAUCGAGAGCAGCUGAAUCACCAAUUGAAGAAGUAACAAAUGCGCUUUACGGUAAAAGUGUCAAAUUUGUUAUGACACAUGACGUUGAAUUAAAGUUACCGGAAGUGGUAUUCGAUGGAGCUACAUUUAGAAUUUCACCAAGAUCGAUUGAGGGGAAUGGUGCGAUUGUUAAGUUGGAAUUAAUACCAAAGGCUGAAGUUGAAGCGCGGGAUGGGGGGAAAUUUUUAAUCAAAAAGAAAAUACAGAAAUUCUUUAGAAGCAAACUGAUGUUGUCAUUCCUCGCGCUCAUACUCAUUUUGAAAAUAAUUAAAAUCAAAAUAUUUUGGCUGUUGCCUCUUAUCGUCGGAGUGGGCACGGCCAAGAAGCUUCUGCUCAAGUUCCUGCUCUUCCUCUUCCCAGCGUUAUCGCAUCUCUUCAAGCUCUGCUCCUACUACCAACAGGAAUACCACUCCACCAAGUACCAUCAUCAUCAUCAUCUCAUCAACCAUCAUCACACGAUUGUUCCUCCAUGGCAUCAUUCGGAAGCUUCAUCACACCUACCAAAUAUUGUUCAUGCACCUCCACAUGGUCAUGGACAUGGACAUGGACACGGACCAGAAAUAAUCUACACUGAUCCACCGAAAGUUCAUCCAUCAGUAUUCCUCAAUGGUGGACAUGGGCAUGGACAUGGACAUGGUGGUACAUCGCAUGACGAUUAUGGAAGUAAUGAUUGGGUUAAUUCUGGACCAGGCUUAGGAUCAGAAUACAUCAGCGACAUAAAUCGUAGUGCCCAAGUUGACGGAAACUAUUUUAAGCCAAAACCUGAAGACGAACAUGAGUUACACGCAUGGGGCUUAGGUACAACAAGUGAUCCGAUGCUAAAACAACAAUACCAACAACAACAACAACGCCCACCAUCAUCACAACAGCCCACUAGUCAAAGUCAAAACUUUAAUACACACCCCUUCUCAAAUGACCCUCAAUCUCAGAGCUUCGUCCAGGGUAAAGUUCGAAUACAAGGCCCAGUUUAUGUGCCACAACGAAGUUCCAAUGUUGCCCAACAAUCUCCAUCACAGACAGCGGCACAAAUUGCCGCACAAUACGACCCAAAUCGUAAUAAACAGAUCACGCCGGAAUUAACUGCCCAAGUCAAGGAAGCGUUGCGAAUCGAAGCAGAAAAACGAAUUAUUUCACAACAGCAAGAGAUUCUCAGCAAACAACCUUUUGUCCAAGGCGGACCCCCCAUCAUGCCAAAGAAUUACGAUGAAUUCUACUCUCCGAUUCUGGAGAAGAUUGACAAGAUUCUCGGGACUCUUGGAUUCGUCGAUAAUCAUUGUAAGGAACGGCUCACUUGCAGCAUGUACAAGAAUCCAACUCGUUUCACUCCACAUAGCAAUUUCCUGUCAGCCGAAUUGAGUCGGGACUUAAGUGAACUUCAAACUGCUGACACCACGAAUCCAACUGUCAUUCGAUUCUAUAGGCUUGUAGAUGCAGCUCGAAAUGGACAAGAACAAAGAGAUUGCUUACGUUUAUACGCCCAAUGUUCUGUGAAUACCGAAUAAUUGAAAUUACUUAAUUUAAAAUGUCAAAAAGCAAUGAUUUCACAUAAAAUGGCAACGACUAACGAUUAAUUUACUAAAUUAAUUGAAAAUAAUGAAAGUUGUAUGUUUAAGUUUUAACUGAUUAAAAAUGUGAGCAUAAAAAUUAAUAAUAUUGCAAUGUUAAAUGGUGUAUGUUGUAAUGUAAAUAAUAAAUGAAAAACAAUCAAAAUAUUGAAAGAAAUAAUGUAAGAAUGUAAAAACAAACAAAUUGAUAAAAGUCUUAUUUUGUAUCAUAGUCUUAAUUAAUAAUAACAUACAUAGAAAAUCGUAUUUAUUUAUUUUGAAUUAUUUAAAAAAAAUCUAACUAUUUAU